AUGUCAUUGUAUUUAUCAGAGUACCAUGGUUCUUUUUUAUCUCAGGAUGUGUUGAGGAAUAUUUUGGAUCUGAAUGAGUCUGUGGUUCAGAAUGAAGAGUUUGUUGGUUGUGUCAGUGGUGGAAAACUGUUUCCUGGCUCUAUUCCUCUAGCACACAGAUACGGCGGUCAUCAGUUUGGUUAUUGGGCCGGACAGCUGGGGGACGGAAGAGCACAUUUGCUGGGUGAAUACACAAACAGAAAAGGUGAAAGAUGGGAACUCCAUUUGAAAGGCUCAGGAAAGACACCAUACUCAAGGUCAGGUGAUGGACAGGCUGUGAUUCGCUCCUCUGUGAGGGAGUUCCUGUGCAGUGAAGCCAUGCACUUUCUGGGAGUUCCCACCAGCAGAGCCCUUAGUCUGGUUGUAAGUGAGGAACCUGUAAGGAGGGAUCCGUUUUAUAAUGGCAAUGUCAUAAAAGAAAGAGGAGCGGUUGUUCUGCGUCUGGCCAAGUCCUGGUUUCGCAUCGGUUCACUGGAGAUAUUAACUCGAACCGGAGAGUUAGAUGUCCUUCGGACAUUAGUGGACUUUGUAAUUAAAGAGCAUUUUAAAUCUAUUGCAACAAAUGACCCUGACAAGUAUGUGGUGUUUUUCUCUAGAGUGGUGAAUGAAACGGCACAUUUAAUCGCUCACUGGAUGUCGGUUGGGUUUGCUCAUGGAGUCUGCAACACAGAUAACUUCAGUCUGCUUUCUAUCACUAUUGAUUAUGGCCCAUUUGGAUUUAUGGAAUCAUAUGACCCAAAUUUUGUCCCGAACACGUCUGAUGAUGAGGGUCGGUACAGUAUAGGAGCUCAGGCUAAUGUCGGCCUGUUCAAUCUACAGAAACUUCUAGAAGCUCUGAAACCACUACUGACCUCAGAUCAGCUGUCACAAUCUCAGCAAAUAUUGAGAGAAUAUCCACAAAUCUACCAUCAAAGAUUUCAUGAGCUGUUCAAAGCAAAGUUGGGCUUUUUGGGAAAUGAAGAAAAAGAUUCACAUGUGAUUGCAUUUCUUCUAAAGCUAAUGGAGGACACUGGAGCAGACUUCACUAUGACUUUCAGACAGCUGAGUGAAGUGACCCUGUCCCAGCUUCAGAAGGGAUCCAUUGCUCCGUCAGUGUGGGCUCUUUCAGACCUCUCAUCACAUGAGUAUUUCAGAGACUGGGUUCAGCUGUAUGUACAGCGUCUGCUGAGUGUAGAAAGUGACUCAGAUGCAGCACGGCAGCACAGAAUGCAAGGAAUAAACCCACGGUACGUGUUGAGGAACUGGAUGGCCGAAUCUGCUAUCAGAAAAGCAGAGAAAAAUGACUUUUCAGAGGUGGCGCUGUUGCAGAAGACUCUAAUGGAGCCAUUUAUGAAUCAGGAUGAGGCUGAGAGAGCUGAAUAUGCCAGUAAACCUCCAUCCUGGGCUCAGCAGCUGAGGGUCAGCUGUUCUUCAUAAUCUACUCAGGGACAAAUGGGAAAUAAAAUCACAAAUUUCAGCAUCAUUUGAACCAAAAAUAUUGUUUAUAACAUUGUUAACACAUCUAAAGAUCUGAACUUCCUAAUGGCUGAUCUGAUUGGAUGAUGAGCCAUGUUCGACAUUAUAUAUAGACACCUCUGUGGCUGCACAGUCUUCAGCUGUAACAAUCUAACAUGGAUGUCUUUUGUCGUAUUGCUGUUUUUGCAUUUCUACAGAAAGAGCGAAAAACUUUGCAUCAUGCAUCAUCUGUUUAUGCCUGCAUCAUACAUCUCCUGUUUUCUGUAAAAAGGAGAACUCAACAAUUAGGCAUGCUGGAAUCUGUUUAACAGUUAACUUUGAAAGACCUGAUUUAUUAUGAUAUUUCAUUAGCAAUGAAGAUAAAGCACAUUUGCAAUACAUACAGUAUAGAAUCUGAUUAGGUGCAACAUAUUUACAUAUUUAAGUUUGGUGGUGUAAUGCAAGCAUAUUAACAACAGAAUUAAAGAUGUGUGUCCUAAUGUCACGCCAA